AUGCACCCAUUCUCCAUCCUCACCCUCGGCAUCUUUGUAGCUGGCUACAUUACUGCACGCUGGGACCUCGUAACUCGCUUGUAUGAGCUUGCCAUUUUUGCGUGGGAGUAUCAAGUUGCGGUUCGCGCUGCCAAAGGUGCCAUUGCCUUGACCGCUCUAUUCUUCGUCGUCGUUCUACCGGUUUACCUUCUAGCGAAAAACGAGACAUAUCUUACCAAUAGCGUCUUGGUCAUGGUGGAACACGAUGGUUUGAUGCGCGUGUUUUGGCCGACAGACAUUCGCUUAUCCGAUCGUCCGGGCGUGGUUGUUGGCUGGCGCAAUUCAACGCUCGAUGUGUUUGUUGUUGCGGUUUUAGACGAUGUCGAUCCUCGCAAUGUCGAAAUCCACCUCCGAUCCAACACUUUCUUCCGCAGCGGCCCUCAUUCUCCCAACCGCAUUUAUGAACUAUGUGGCCACUCCUCUAUGCACGUACUUGGCGUCUCGAAUACGACGAGCCUCGCUUUGGUAGACCCGUCAUGGGUCUGCGCUACGACCAGUGCUUCUCGAGAACCUCGAAUCACUUGUGCCAAGGCUUCCAGCGUGCAGCUGAUUCUAUACGACCGACCGCGUCCAAGAGGCAUGCAAUACAUCUCCCUCAAUCCGAUAUCGCUUGCGCUUGGUGACAAGUGGUACGCCCUCGACGAUGGUAAAGGCGAUGGUUCAGAGGGCGAGGAAGAACGCCGCGAGAGAAAAAGCAGGGAGGCCAAGCUCAGAUUGGUCAACAAGCUAAAGCAACACUCUAUCACCAGUCGGCCUGCUUCCGCUCGAGACAAAGCACUCGAAAAGGUCGUUCACCAGGUCAAUUGGUCAUGGGAGCUGGAGCAGACCUUGCAAAAGAAUGUCGGCAGGCUGGGGCCACGCCCAAAGCGAAGCCUCAGCGUGUCGGAGAGGGUUGUCGAAUCUACCACGGCGAUGCGAAACUAUAUUCUCAUGCAGUUGUGGAACGCCUUUGUUCUCUACAUUUUCCCCAUCGUUCGGAAGGCAUUUGUGAUGCUACUUUUCGUUCAUCGUGCCAUGGCAGAGAUGCUCCUCACAGUUCUCGAGUUCCGCAUCAAACCAGGCUACGCGGCUGUGAAGGACAUAUCGGCCACUGCACAGCAGAUUGAGAUCCGCCUGCUGCAGUUUUGCUACUGGCCUAUGCAGUACAUUACACUCCGGCAGCGCAAAAUGGACUGGGCCAGUGUCACCACCAGCCAUCCGGACUACAUUCGUUUCUACAACAGUCUUUGGCUUGUUGCUAAUGACGUGAUUAUCGGAAUUGCCAUUGGUUCGUAUAUUAUCGAGAAUGCGGACUGGGUGUCAAUGAAGAUCAACGACUUGCUGCGCGUCUACACUGUCGAGGCAUUGCGGAGCAGUAUUUCUUGGCUCAUGGGAUGGCCGGCUGGUCUAAAGCUCAACGGCGAGCUGGCGAGCUUCUUGGGCGCCCUGUUCCUUUGGGUGAUUACGUACUGGUCAAACUGCAUCGAUGCCCUCGCUCCUGCACUACCGAAACUGGUCUGGUUCAUCGGUUUUUCUUCCUUUGCAGGAGCAAGUAUGCCGCUGGCGAUGCUCUCAGAUCUGCUCUCAGCCCUGACCAUCCACAUAUACUCGUUUUACCUCGCGUCGGCUCGUAUAUAUCACUGGCAGCUGACUAUUUUGCAAUCUCUUUUCCAUCUCUUCCGCGGCAAGAAGCACAACGUCUUGCGCAACCGUAUCGAUUCUUGCGACUACGACCUCGACCAGCUGCUUGUUGGCACGAUUUUAUUUACGCUUCUCUCGUUUUUACUACCGACAGUGGGCGUUUUUUACAUUAAUUUUGCCAUCGCCCGCAUGAUGAUCAUCUCGAUGAAAGCUGGGUUCGACACAUUAUUGUCUUGUCUGAACCACUUUCCGCUGUUCGCCCUAAUGUUGAGAGUCAAGGAUUCUAGGCGACUACCUGGCGGCAUCCGAUUUGAACUACGUGAUGCCCAGCAUAAUAGAUCCCAUAACCGUAAUGUUAAUGAACCUCCGACCUCGGUCAUCUACCUCAAGUCUGUACCGCUGUCAUUCAAGGCCAUGUUCAAUCAAUACUUUCAGAUGGCCGAGCGGAUUCGCAAGCACUAUCUUUCGCCGCGCGUCUUUCUGUGUCUUUUAACGGGGCAAUUUGUGCCACCCAUCAACCGGCGCAACCUGUACAGCCUUCAGUACAGCAUGCUUCCAGCCCGACGAGCGACCAUGUGGGAAAUGUGGCAAGCGAUGAAUGCAGAGGCGCCGCAUAAGAAGCCAUUCCAGCUCCCGAACAUACCGCCACUGCCAAAUGGUGGUGGGAGGCGAGGGGGCGCGAAUGGCCGACUGAGAGUACCUAAUUAA